GUUAAGGGCUUCAUACAAAACUAGGGGAACCUGUCAUGCCGGAUGAUGGGGGUUCUUGCGGCCAUAUCCCUACUGAUCACAUACUGGCAAUGCAAACAGGUAGAGGACGUUUAACCCCCAUAACAUUGUGAUUUUAAGAUUCUCGCGCCUUCAUUCAUACCCACAAUCUACUACAGUCCAGCACUGCAAGAGUUAACAGCAUCUGCGUGCGCUUCAUCCUAAACAAUGCGCAUGCGUACCGUUCUCCUUCUACUCUAGCGGACGUGACAGGUGCAUGACUUUGAUUGGAUGAGCGCUGUGACCGUAGCCCCGCCCCUUAGCAACAUACCACCUGCCGUUGCAAUUGGUUGCCAUGUAAACAUUUGGACGCAAGAUGGCAGCCUCCAGGAAAGUGGCCCGAGCUUCUCAGCACUACUUGGGUGAUGUGAAGAAACAGCUCAGACACGGUUAUGGAAUAUACGUUUAUGCAAAUUCAUUUUUCCGCUAUGAGGGUGAAUGGAAAGAUGGUAAAAAACAUGGUCACGGGAAGCUUUUAUUUAGAGAUGGAAGCUACUACGAAGGGGAGUUUGUGCACGGAGAGAUUACUGGAAAUGGACUCCGUUACUGGGCAGCACUGGGAAAUACAUAUUCUGGGGAAUUUCAGGAUGGAGAAUUCCAUGGACAUGGUGUAAUGAAAUACAAAGAUGGAGGAAGAUAUGAAGGCGAGUUUGUGUUUGGGAUAAGAGAAGGACAUGGGUCACUGGUAGACAAGGAUGGACAGACCUACUCUGGAGCUUUCCACAACAACAAGAGGCACGGAGAUGGACAAAUGACCUUCCAGAAUGGUGAUCAUUAUGAAGGAAACUGGGUCCUGGACCAGCGUCAAGGGCAUGGUGUUCUGAACUGUGUGGAUGGAACCAUUUAUGAGGGCCAGUGGCGGAGUGACGUCUUCAGUGGACAAGGGACCAUGAUUCAUUGCUCCGGAGUAAUUUAUGAUGGUCCAUGGAUCAAUGGCCGUCCUGCUGAUGUUGCUAAGAAGAUAACGAUCUUGGGAGAAGACAUAAUAGAAGUUGUUCAAGGUUCUCCGGCCACAUUCCAUGUACAAUUGAGGAAAGAGGAUGAUGAAAUUGCCGAAAAUGAAAAUGGACGAGUCUUGAGAAUCAGCGCUGGAAUAAAACAUAUACCAUCUGUUAAAUCUCAAGCUACCAGCAUUUUGGAAUUAAUUGAAGAUUUUGAAGAAAAGCCAAUCCAGACACCAUUUGGUUAUGAAUGUAUAAAUUAUCCUCUGACGUAUAUAACUGAAGAAAAGCAACCACAGGACAGCAGAGAUCCCUCAUUAGUGAAGGUGGACUCUUCUAAGGUCCAACAGCCCUUGCCGUCAGACCAUGAGCUGCUGCACGAGAAUGGAGGAGAUCCUUCCAAUAGGCAAGAUGAAAAUCCCAAGGUCUCAAUAAAUUAUGAAGACACCGCUCUUCCUCCUCCAAACAAAAGAGUGGAGAUGGGCCAAGUGUCCUUUGAAGGUGUUGUGUUUGUCCCACCACCUGCCAGAUUCCUGCAUCUUCUGGAGUAUGAUGACAAGACCAGAAAAAAAACAAGUGGAAAACUGACGGGUGAAAGAGCUGACAAAAUGACAGUCUCACAGGAGAAGACUGAAGACAGCAGAUCUGAGAUCUUGACUAAAGAACGCAAGAGUAAACGAGAGAACCUGUCAGUGGACAACAUGAAUCCAGCCGGGACAGGGACGUACGUUCUGAUGGUUGAAGACAUUACCAGUCCACCAUUUCUGGGACACACUCUACCGCCUGCUUUUAAAAUUGUAAGAAUGGUUCCUGAAAAAUCCAAGCGGAAAAAUUAA